GAGUGCACUCUCCAGCAGGCUUUAGCGUUGAGUUGCCACAUCGCCGAAAGUGAAGUGGUCCAGAUCUUGUUGCCCGUGUUAAAGUGCCUUCAGUUCUUACACGGCCAGUCGAGGGAGCUAGCCAGCCUCACUCCUCGAGAUAUCUUGUUCACCGAAGAGGGUGAAAUAAAGAUCGCGGGUAUUGAGAACAGUCGCCAAAUCGACCAAGUCGACCCUUCCCGUGUCGACGCAAUGGCUUCUACUUUCAAUGCUCUCCGGUCGAUUCUCGAUAAGAUCAUGCAAAAUAAUGGAUCCAAAUUCACCUGGAGCCAGGAGAUGCAAAGCUUUGAAUCGGCGCUGGCCAAGAGCAACUCCGCGCGGUGUCUGGACAAUCUAUUGCAGCACGCCUUUUUUGGACAAGUGACCGAGGAGGGAAGCCUGAAGUUACUGGUAGAGUUGGUGAACGAAACCAUUUUCCACGAAGUCCAAGUUCGGCGCGAGGGCACUCUUGCCAGGGCAAGGCCACUAGGGAAGCUUGCGACGCCGUCUACAACAUAGGUGGAUGUCAAUGCAGUAGCAUCAAAUAUGCAGUUGUAUUAUGGAGGCUUUUGGACCAGGGUUGCAGAUAGCUCGUGUAAAGAUUUUCAAAGCGCGUGCCUCCCUAGUAUCUAGCCUAGCAUGCCUAUCUCCGCACCACUAGCCUAGGCACAAUACAUCUGACAAGUCAAACUCUGGCAAUUGUUCCAACCAAGUGCUUCGUAGUGUACUGUAUACCCGAAACAGAACGAAUAAACGGAAGAGGGCGCCAUCGUCACUUUAAGGAUUCAAAACAUGAUCCGAGUGGUUG